GUCAAAUCGGACACAUUUGCAGCCUGUGCCUCAGUGGCUGUUGUUGCCUGAAGCUCUCUCUGCACAAUGAGUGACGGCACAUUUCUGCCAACCUUCAGAGCUCGCCCAAGCUGGGGCUCGGAGCAGAUCCGUAAGCUGAAGAGGCAGCUGGGCAUGCCAGUGGAGGAGAGCAGGACCGACCAAGGGGCCAAGAAGAAGAGACAGGACAACCAACACCACAAGGGGGCAGCAGAGAGGAGAAAGAAUGGAAAGGAGGCAGACGUGAAAGAUGCCAAAGACGGCAAAGACGUGUCGGUCGGCCACGAGCGCCACUGUCGGCUGGCCAUCGGCCCCGCGCUGGGCACUAGGAGCAUGACCCGCUGGCGUGCCACCGCCAAGGGCCUGGAGGACCUCCAGUGCUUCAGGUGCAGGUCCAGGACGUGCUCUGCCCCUUCACAGCAGCCGUCUGGGGGAGAGGCGGAACAGAGGCCUCCUGAGAUGGAGAGAGCCAAUGAUGACGGUGAUGAGGAUGAUGAGGGGGCCAAGGAGAUGACUCCAGCUGAGCGGUAUGAGGCUUCAUAUAGUCAGGGAGAGUUGAUAGGACAUGGAGGCUAUGGAAGUGUGUAUGCUGGAUACAGGAAGUCAGACCAUCUACCAGUGGCCCUCAAAAUAGUGGACGUGAGGAAGAUUAAAAUGUGGGCUAAAAUGUCGGAGUUCAAGGGCCCCAUCCCCCUGGAGAUCGCUCUGCUGAGGCAGGUGUGCCGUGGCGGGGGGCCCCAGUGCAAGGGCAUCGCCCUGCUGCUGGACUACCUGGAGCUGCCCGGCACCUACGUGAUGGUGCUGGAGCGUCCCGAGCCCUGCCAGGACCUCUUCAACUUCAUGCAGAGUGGCAGGGGCUACCUGGAGGAGGCCAUGGCACGCCACGUCCUGCAGCAGCUGGUGUGCGUGCUGCAGCACUGCCAUGCGCGAGGCGUGGUGCACCGCGACGUCAAGCCCGAGAACAUCCUGGUGGUGGGCAGCGGCGGCAGCGGCGGCAGCGGCGGCAGCGGCGGCAGCGGCGGGAGCGGCGGCGCUACCCAGCAGAUCAAGCUGCUGGACUUUGGCUCUGCGUCGGUGCUCCGGGACGGCCCCUACAUGGACAUUUCAGGGACCCCGGAGUACUUCCCCCCAGAGGCGCUUCUGAGAGGGGAGUACUUUGCCGUGCCUGCCACCGUGUGGUCCCUGGGCAUCCUGCUCUUCCAGAUGGUCUGGGGCGACGUGCCCUUCUACGACGAAGCGGACAUCCAAAAGGGACUGCUUUACUUCCCACGACGCAUUACCAGAGAAUGCAGGCACCUCAUUCGUCUGUGUCUAGCCGUCAGUCCAAAAGAUCGACCGACUUUGGAACAGAUACUUGCUCACCCGUGGAUGGCAUAGAAAUAUAACCUAUUUAGCACAAUGAAUCUAUGAAAUAUUCUACGUUUGUUUAGAAUAAAGAAUAUGCUACA